UGUGAUAACUGUUAUGUACAUAAAUCGUACAUAACCAGUGGAGUUCAAAGUUUCACUGAUAAUUAUUACCAAUACACAUUUUUUUAAAUCAUCGUUGGUUUGGUUGAUUUUUAAAAACUUUUAGUUUUAAAUUCGGUAAAUAAUUUGAUCAACAUGAGUUUAGUUGCCAACACAGGGAAGCUCGCAGGCCGUACCCUGUUCAUAACCGGUGCCUCGCGUGGCAUCGGCAAGGCUAUUGCCCUGAAAGCCGCUAAGGAUGGAGCGAACGUGGUUAUCGCCGCUAAAACAGCGGAACCUCAUCCAAAACUUCCGGGAACUAUAUAUACUGCCGCCGAAGAAAUUGAAGCUCUCGGUGGAAAGGCUCUCCCAUGUAUAGUAGAUGUGCGAGAUGAGAAACAGGUUCAGAAAGCCAUUGAUGAAGCUGUCAAAAAGUUCAACGGUAUAGACAUUCUGGUGAACAACGCGUCGGCGAUCUCUCUCACGGGCACUGCAGAGACGGACAUGAAGAGAUAUGACCUCAUGCACAAUAUCAACACACGGGGCACUUUCCUUGCAUCAAAGCUAUGUCUGCCCUUGUUGAAGAACAGCGACCAUGCGCACAUCUUGAACUUGUCCCCACCACUCAAUAUGAGUCCGUACUGGUUCUCAAUCCACGUGGCGUACACGAUGGCGAAGUACGGCAUGUCGAUGUGUGUGCUCGGCAUGAGCGAGGAGUUCAAGCCUUACAAUAUUGGUGUUAACGCGCUCUGGCCCAGGACCGCGAUCGCGACAGCAGCUAUCGAGAUGCUAACAGGCGACACGUCGACCAGCCGCAAGCCCGACAUCGUCUCUGACGCCGCUUACGCUAUGCUCUGCAAAGACCCACGCACGUACACGGGCAACUUCGCGAUCGACGAAGAUGUGGUACGAGACGCCGGUGUUACUGACCUCAAGCCCUAUGCUUGUGAUCCCGCCAACGCGGACCGGCUGCUGCUGGACGGGUUCCUGGAUGAUGAAGAGGCUCGUCUGCAGCACUCCGCCACGGUCAGCUCGGCCGCCACACAGCGACGCGCCUAUCAUACUACGGCUGCACAGUUUAAACAGGCGGAGCAAUCUGGUGGCCAGAUCCCAGCCCUGUUCGAUGCCAUCAGCAAAACUAUAUCACCUGAACUGGUGCAGAAGACACAAGCGGUGUACCAGUUUAAUGUUAAAGGCAAGGAGGAAGGCAUUUGGCACUUGGACCUGAAGAACGGCGACGGAGCGUGCGGCGCCGGCGAGCCCAAAGCGGCGCCCGACGCGACGCUCACUAUGGACGGCAACCACUUCGCGGAGAUGUUCGCCGGUAAACUGAAGCCCACCACAGCAUUCAUGAUGGGAAAACUGAAGAUCAAAGGAGAUCUGCAGAAAGCCAUGAAGUUAGAGAAAAUGAUGAAGUCUCUCAAAAAUAAGAUGUAAAUUAUCUAGUACAUAAAUAUUAUAUUGUUUGUGAAAUCAGUCAAUUUAAGGAAGGAACUGUAUAUGUAUAGAAUGGAAAUAUAUUUAUUUUUUAUAAAGUUAAGAUUUAUCCUUUUUAUGAAGCCAGUAUGAACUUAUAUAGAACUGUAUAAUAAUUGUAAAAAAAAGCAUAAUAAUUUGGCAGCAGAGGCUAUUUUUGUAUCGAAAUGUAGAAUCUGUUUUACGUAUGUUACCUCUUCUAUGUGAAUCAAACAGUUAACUGAUAACAACUUUUUGUAUUUUGUACAUAAAUAUAUUUUUGUACCUACUGACAAUACAAUAAAACCUUAUGAAUGUA